AUCAUCUUAUUGCAAGAGAGUGGGAAACGCAUCACUUUUGUUUCUUUGCUACUCCAAAGUUAGGGCAAAUUAAGAGUGGGCUGCCCGUAUUUCCUUUGGCAGAAACUGGAGAGACUGUAGCCAUUGAAGUGAAGUGAAGAUGGCGAGAGUUGCAAUUCGUUACCUUCGCAACGGUAAUACCUUCAUCUCAUUCUUGGCUUUUUCUCAUUGCAAUGCUGAGAUUGCUCAUUCUACUUUCGCAAUUGCGCCUAGAGAUUAUUCUUCAUCUCCUAGCAAUACGUCCAUUUCGAUUAAGGGUAGACUUGGGGUUUCUAGUAGUUUUGAGAAUGUCAAGUGUUUAAAUGACGCUGUGAGUGCGUUCCGCCAAAUGGUCAGAGAGCAACCUCUUCCCUCUCUUAUCAGCUUCUCGAAAUUGUUGAGGACUAUGGUAAAUAUGAAAUAUUACUCUGAUGUUGUUUCUCUCUUUGGAGAAAUGCAGAAAUUAGGUAUUCCAACUAAUGAAUUCAUCUUGAAUAUAGUGACUAACAGUUAUUGCCUCAUGCAUCGUGCUGAUUUAGGAUUUUCUGUAUUGGUCAUUUUCUUGAAGAAUGGUAUUGCAUUUGAUGUUGUUACAUUUAGCAGCCUAAUAAGGGGACUAUUUGCUGAAAAUAAGCUUAAAGACGCCGUUGACUUAUUUAGAAAGGUGGUGAGGGAGAAUAUUUGUGAGCCUAACAAAUUCAUGUAUGCAAUUGUCAUGGAUGGGCUUUGCAAAAAGGGCCAUACACAAAAAGCUUUUAGUUUGCUCCGAUUAAUGGAACAAGGGAGCACUAAGCCCGACACAUGCAUCUAUAACAUUGUUAUACAUGCCCUUUGCAAAGAUAGAAUGCUAGAUGAUGCUAUUAACCUUUUGAAUGAGAUGAAACAAAAAGGCAUUCUUACAGACAUCGUCUCAUAUAAUUCAUUGAUUGAUGGUUUGUGUAGGUCUGGUCAAUGGGAAAAUGUUAGGAAUUUGUUAUGUGAGAUGGUUAAUCUUAAUAUUUAUCCAAGUCUGUACAUCUUCAACGUAAUGAUCGAUGGACUUUGCAAAGAAGGAAAAGCUGCAGACGCCGAGAAAAUAAUGAGACACAUGAUCGAAAAAGGUGUAGAGCCUAGUUUAUUCACAUACAAUACAAUAAUAGAUGGAUAUUGCUUGUGUGGUCAAAUGGAUAGAGCCAGAAUUUUUUUUAAUUCCGUGACAGAUAAGACCGUUUUGCCCGACAUUAUUACCUAUAACAUACUAAUAAAUGGAUACUGUAAGAAGAAAAAAUUGGAUGAGGCCAUGCAAAUGUUUCUUGAAAUUUCUCGAAAAGGGUUGGAACCUAGUAUUAUUACCUACAAUACUAUUUUGCAAGGUCUGUUUGAAGUUGGGAGAAUCGACGUUGCACAAAAUUUCUUUGCUGAUAUGAUAUCGGCAGGGCAAAGACCUGAUUUUUGUACUCAUCGCAUCUUGCUUGGUGGUUAUUUUAAGAAUGGACUUGUUGAAGAAGCUAUGUCACUCUUUCAUAAGCUGGAAAGCAAUGGAGAAGACACUGGCAUUGAACUUUACGGUAUUGUCAUUGAUGGAUUGUUCAAAAAUGGAAAGUUCAACAAAGCUCGUGUCAUUUUUGAGAAGCUUUCUGUAGUAGGUUUACAUCCCGACGUAGUAAUGUACACUACAAUGAUUAAUGGAUUUUGUCUAGAAGGGUUGUUAGAUGAAGCUAAAGAUAUACUUAGAAAAAUGGAGGACGAUGGAUGUUCGCCAGACAAUGUAACUUACAAUAUCAUUAUGCGAGGAUAUCUCAGAAGUAACAAAAUUAGUGAAAUAAAGGCUUUCUUAAAGGAAAUGACUGGGAAGACUAUCUCAUUUGAUGCAACUACAGCAGAGUUACUGAUAGACAUUAUAGCGGAGGAUCCUUCCUUGCUUGACAUGUUACCAGAGUUUCACCCGAAAAAUAAGACUUGAAUAUUUUUUCCCAGAGUUUCACCC